AUAACCCCUUACGACGGGCACACAAGCACGUACGGCCACAGUCAGCUGAAAACUGGGCAUCCCGUCCGCUCUGCCAUACAUAAGCAGUUGAACGGCAGAUUAGUACUACGGUGGGUGACCACGUGGGAAUCCCUGCUGCUGUACGUUUUGCUCCUCGUCAUCGUGGUUAUGUUUUUGUAUCUCUUCGUGGUUUGCAAGUCUCUUGGUGUCAGGUAUCGGCAUAAACAUACUCCGCUCUCCUCCACUGCAAGAGUUCGCCAAAACCGUGGGCUUGACGUAUCCGGCUGCUCGGCUCGCCAGAAAUGGAUUAAUAAGGUUGUCUCAGUCAAGUCUUGGCUCGUAGGAUUCGUGUAA